CUGGAUCCGAUUCAUGCCACUUCAUUCCGGUCCCGGCAACUUUUUUUUGCGGUGGUGCGGGUGGUGGAGCCUCCUCGGGUCCGCGACGGAGCUUGCGACGCCUCCUCCAUCUCCCAAACUUUUGUCGUUAAAAACGAACAUGAUCUUUUGCCUCUGUUUCUCCGAUUUGGUUCUCCCCGUCGUUUAUGGAUCUGGAUUCUAGAGGCUUCCAUUCUCAUUGCUUGUGCUCUCUCUUAAAGUUUUGCUCCCGAGGCUGUAAAUUUUUAGCUGAUCUGGUCUAAUUGAUCUGUUCUUCCAGUUUUUGUGGUGGAAGGAAGACUGAUAUGCUAUGCGAAAAUGUCAUUGAAAAGCAUAGUAAGAGAACUCAAGGAGAUGAGAGAUGGGAUUGGUAGCAUAUCAAAGCGAGGUGCAGGAAGCAGGCAUUGGCAUAGUCGGACAAAAUCACACAUUGUUCCCGAUGUCAUUAUGACUCCACUUGAACCUAUUCAGCAGGGACAAUGGGCAGAUCUACCCUCCGAAUUGCUUCUGGACAUAAUCCGGAGAGUUGAAGAGAGUGAGACAUCUUGGCCUGCACGUGCUGUCGUUGUUUAUUGUGCUUCAGUAUGUAAAUCAUGGAGGGACAUGACAAAAGAGAUUGUCAAGACUCCUGAGCAAUGCGGAAGACUCACAUUUCCUAUUUCAUUGAAACAGCCGGGUCCUCGUGAUUCUCCAAUACAGUGCUAUAUAAGGAGGAACAGAGAAACUUCUACAUAUCUAUUGUACUUGGGUCUGAUGCCAUCGGAGAAUGAGGGUGAUAAGUUGUUAUUAGCUGCCAAAAAGAUAAGAAGGGCAACUGGCACAGACUUUGUCAUAUCUUUGGUUGCAGAUGAUUUUUCGCGGUCCAGCAACAAAUAUGUGGGAAAACUCAGGUCUAAUUUUUUGGGUACCAAGUUCACUAUAUAUGACAGCCAACCACCACACGGAGCUGGAGUUCAACCAAAUAGUCGGUCUUGUAGGAGAUUUCAUUCUAAGCAGGUGUCUCCAAGAGUUCCAGCAUGUAGCUAUAGUGUUAGCACCAUUGCCUAUGAGCUCAAUGUUCUCCGCACGAGAGGGCCAAGGAAAAUGCAGUGCAUCAUGAACUCCAUACCUAUCUCUGCUAUUCAGGAAGGGGGCAAUGCUCCAACUCCUACAUCUUUUCCUCCAAUCAUUGAUGAACAUUUUUCUUCGUCAUCAGCACUGAAAGGAAAAGGUCCAAUUAGAGAUUUAAACAAUGCAAGGGUCCAAGACCUACCAGUACAGUGCCAAGGCUCAGUUGAGCCUUUGAUACUUAAAAAUAAGUCUCCUAGAUGGCAUGAGCAGCUGCAAUGCUGGUGCCUAAACUUCAAGGGUCGUGUCACAGUGGCUUCUGUUAAGAACUUUCAACUUGUGGCUGCUGUUGAUCCAUCUCAUAAUGUUUCUGCUGCAGAGCAAGAAAAGGUAAUCUUGCAGUUUGGAAAGAUUGGAAAAGACAUAUUUACCAUGGAUUACCGUUAUCCAAUCUCUGCCUUCCAAGCCUUUGCCAUAUGCUUGAGCAGCUUUGAUACGAAACCAGCCUGUGAAUGAGACCCAUGUCGCUGGAUCAUCAUCCGCUGGUUUGUUUUAUAUAUAUAAUAUGCUAGGCACAGUUCAUCAGGCAUUAGUAUUUUCCCCUUAUGUUAGUUGUUGAUUCUGGAAUUUAACCUGCAUGUUGUUUCAUACAACUAAAAUUAAGUUUAGUGAAUUUUCAAUUUUAUAAUAUAUAGUCGCUUGGUAUACCUCACUAGUGAAUCUUUUUUUU